UGUUUGUGUUGCAGAAAGAGAGAGAAACCCGGUGACAGCUCCGCGAGGGAGGCGUCACACAGUCGCGCAGAGACCCGGAUCAGUCCCGACCUGCAGCCGAAAACAGCGCUCCUUUCCCGGUCACCGCUCUGCCACAACACCGGGGAAACACACCGGGACAAUCAGGCGAAAACACGGGGACAAGCCGGGGGAAACCUGUGGAACACACCCGGGGACACACACCGACAACAUCCACAUCUGUUUGAAUAUUUCAGGGAGGGGUGCACGCGCUGCAGCUGCACUUUUUCCUUUUCUUCAGCGCGAGGAAACACGGACGGACUCUGCGCUGAGAUCAGAUCAGAUCGGGUGCGCGGGGCGGUGGGUGCGCAGCUCGGUGCACGCUCUCCAAACAGCCAACAAAGUGAUCCGAAGUGUCCGUGAAGUGAGCAUCAGAAGGCGGGGAGAGAGCUCUCUCUGAGCGGGCUGGAUCUGUGAGCUCGGGCUGAAGCUCCGUGGUGGAUUUACUGGGCGCGUGGCCGUCGGGAGCGCGAGGAGGAGUCCAUGCGGACCGGGGCGACGCAUCAAUGAAGCAGGACAUCAUGGCGGAGGGUCCCCGCUGCAAGAGGCGAAAACAGGCCAACCCCCGGAGGAAGCACGAAGCAGUGCUGGACUAUGAGAAUGUGGUGGAGACGGGCUCAGAGACAGACGAGGACGACAGGACUGCCGGAGGAAGAGGAGGGGAGGAUGAAGAGGCAGGCAGCCCGGCCGGCGUUCCCUCUCUGGAGGCCUCGCCACGGGUCGCCCACGCCCUGCUGUCCUACUGCGACCCCGACGGCUCCGACGGCCCACGGGACCGCCGUCAGGACCACCGUCACCGCUGGGGACUGGGAGACGACACCAACGGACAGCUGAACGGCAAUGAUGACAGGAAGGAGGAGUACGACGACAGGAAGGAGGAGUACGACGCCGUCGGUCCGGACGCCUCGCUGCACGCUGCAGUGAAGCGGCGUAACGGCGUCUCGGAGUUGGACGAGUUCUUCCUGAAACGUAAGCUGGAGGACGGAGACGGUCACCCGGCAACCAUCGCCGAGUACCUGCAGCGCAGCGACACCGCCAUCAUUUACCCAGAAGCCCCAGAGGAGGUGACGCGCCUCGGCACGCCCGAGAACACCGGACAGGACGAGAGCGAACACGAGCUGCUGUCGGGCGGUCCUGACGACUUCUCGGCGCUGCUCACCUGUCCGUACUGCGAGCGCGGCUACAAGCGGCUGACGUCUCUGAAGGAACACAUCAGAUACCGCCACGAGAAGAUCAGCGACAGUUUCGUCUGCUCGCUCUGCAGCGACACAUUCAGCCUCCGCACACAGCUGGAGACACACACCUGUACACACACAGCCCCCGCACAGCAGCAGCAGCAGCCGCUGCCACCGCUGCUCAACGAGGGAUCUGGAAACCGCAAGUUCAAAUGCAGCGAGUGUGGAAAAGCUUUCAAAUACAAGCAUCACCUGAAGGAGCAUCUGCGUAUUCACAGCGGCGAGAAGCCGUACGAGUGCUCCAACUGUAAGAAGCGUUUCUCCCACUCCGGCUCCUACAGCUCGCACAUCAGCAGCAAGAAAUGCAUCGGCCCGAUCGCAGUCAACGGACGAGCGUGCAACAGAAACCACGGCAACAAGCCCGGCUCCUCCCCCAACUCCACCACUUCGUCGCCUGGAAGCCCCGCCCUCGCUCAGCUCCGCCACAAACUGGAGAACGGACGCCCGCCGCUGCUUGGAGCACCGGAUCCACUGCUUGGCGCUCAGGAUUCGCUGCCGGCCAUCAAAGCAGAGCCGAUGGACUUCAGCGAGUACCGGCUGCUGAUGGCAUCGCAGCACGGCUUCGGGGGAUCAGUCUAUGUGAACGGGCGCGGAGGAAGCCCGCUGCAACAUCUGGCGGCCAUCGGGCUGGAUUUACCGCACUUCUCGGGAUCUUUGGGCAACAACCUGAGCGAGGUGCAGAGGGUGCUGCAGAUCGUGGACAACACCGUGUGCAGGCAGCAGACGGACGGGAACCCAGAGGAGAUCUCGAAGCUCCGGGCGUACAUGAAGGAACUCGGGGCGCAGAUGGAGGAGCAGCGAAGGGGCUUCCACGCCGGCAGUGGCGCCACGAAGAGCAUCAUCGACUACACGCUGGAGAAGGUCAACGAGGCGAAGAGUCUCAUCGACGACUCCAAGAGGCAAGCGGACGUCAAGAAAGAGAAGCCGAACCACUCGGGGGACUUUGAGGAGAGAUAUCCGGACGGGCAGAACCACCUCGUGCCGUUCUCCUGCCAGUUCUGCAAGGAGGCGUUCGCCGGGCCGAUCCCGCUGCAUCAGCACGAGCGCUACAUGUGCAAAAUGAACGAAGAGAUCAAAGCCGUGCUUCAGCCGGCGGAGAGCGGUCCCGUGGGACGCCGAGCAGCGAUACCCUCAGAGAUGUCCGGCAUCGAGCGUGCCACGAGCCCCAACAACCCCUUCAAGGACCACGUGUCUGUUCUCAAGGCGUACUUCGCCAUGAACACGGAGCCCAACGCAGAGGAACUGCUCAAGAUUUCUAUCGCCGUAGGCCUUCCGCAAGAGUUUGUCAAGGAGUGGUUCGCGCAGUGGAAGAACCAGUACCAGAACAUCCACAGAGGUGGGUCAAGGAAAAGAUCGCCUCCUCCCGACAGCUUCAGCCGCUCGCAGAUGUCUCUCCCUAGUGUAGAUUCACACCUCGCUAACGGCGACGCCUCCCACAGAAUCUCGAAGGCCAAUAGUCGUACAAGCGGGGACAAACCACUCGACAACUUGGACCACUUGCGGAGCGAUACUCCGUCACCGCUCAACCUUUCGUCUACUUCCUCCAAGAACUCUCAGAGCAGCUUGUACACGCCGAACAGCGUAGCAUCAGAGGAAGCCCAUGCAGACAUACCACUGGAUCUGUCGCUGCCCAAACACAUCAUGGCGCAGAGGCUCCUGAAGCAACCCAGAGCCAACGGCUUCAUCAACGGCGAGGCACUGCAUCUCGCCAACAUCAAGAAGGAAGUCCAUGGCUCGGACAGCGGAGGGAACUCCGUGCACCAUCUGGAGAAAAGCCCCAGUCCUAACUUUGGGAUGAAUCCCUUCUACACGUCUCUGCAUCCCCAUGGGGCGUUUCCUCCGCCCACCUUCAUGUCUCCGGCGCAGGCCUCCAUCCCGGGCUUCAGGCCAUACCCGGGCCUCGACCCCAUGAGCUUGCUGCCCCACAUGGCCUACACCUACGCCACUGGGGCCGCCACGUUCGCCGAGAUGCAGCAGCGGAGAAAGUACCAACGGAAACCAGGUUUCCAGGGCGAUCUGCUGGAUGGGACUGUGGACUAUCUGUCAGGCCUGGACGACCUGACGGACAGCGACUCGCUGCUGUCCAGGAAGAAGAUUAAGAAGACUGAAAGUGGUAUGUACGCGUGUGACUUGUGCGACAAAACAUUCCAGAAGACCAGUUCCCUCCUAAGACACAAAUAUGAGCACACAGGGAAACGCCCCCACCAGUGCCAGAUCUGUAAGAAGGCGUUCAAACACAAGCAUCACCUGAUUGAGCACUCGCGGCUGCACUCCGGAGAGAAACCCUACCAGUGCGACAAGUGCGGGAAACGCUUCUCGCACUCGGGCUCGUACUCGCAACACAUGAACCAUCGCUACUCCUACUGCAAGAGGGAGGCGGAGGAGCGCGAGGCGGCCCAGAGGGAGGCUCAGGACGCAAGCGGCGCCCGGGAGGAGCCCAGCGGGCUGAUGAUGAGGACGGCCUUCCUGCAGGGGCUCGCCCCGCUCGGGUACUCGGACCCAGAGGACCACACGGAGGCCGGGAUGAUCCUGAGGGACGGGAGCGAGGGAGGAAGACGGGAGGAGAGCGAGACGACAGACAGACGGGAGGAAAGUUUCAGGGAAGGAGAAGAGGAAGAAGAGGAAGAAGAGGAAGAAGAGGAAGACGGCGAGCGUAAAGACACGUCGGCGCUGAUGGACGAGAGUUCACGAGAAGAGAAGACAGACGGGAAGUCGGACCAGGAGGACUGAUCCACAGAACAAGCUUUUAUUUUGAAGGGGGGCUUCAGACACAGACUUUUAUUUUGAAGGGACUGUACGCAAAUGAUUGGGGAAGGGCCAGAGACGAGGAAGCCUGGAUGGAUAUUUGGAUCCUAAUGCCAGACUCUGACUGGAGCUCAUUCAGCUCAAAGUUAUCAACAUUUUGGAGUUUUUUUGGAACUUUUACAGCCCCAAAAUAAUAAAAAAGUCCAACUGGUUUCUACAUGAGAAACUCAGACUCAUCUUACAGCCACUCUGGGAAGUACGUAGUGUUGAAACAUGAUGCAGGAUUAUUCUAUUACAUAUUUUCGGUCAGCUCGAAGGACCUACACCUCUGUUGGAUCAUCUCGUGGUCUGGUUGUUGCCAUGGUGACUUCAGAUCGAUCAGGUUCUAUGGUUUCUACUUGUUGUGUAGUUUGAUUCUGACCGUUAACGGCCCUAAAAAUGAAUGACGUGAAACACACUCACUCUGCAAAGUUUGUGAAAUGUUCAACAUAAAAUAGACGUUUUCCUGGGAAACGUGACUAACGGGUAAUUUCCACCAACUGCGUAACGGCGGCAGAUCCGCUCCAGAACGGCGUUAAAGUCAGUGUGUGUAUUUGUGUGUAUUGUGUGUAUAAUGUGUGUAUUUCCACUGACUCCAGCCCAGCUGCAGAUAUACGCAGAGCUUCUAUUGUUGCCGGACGCCGGAGAGCUCCGCAGCUAUUCAGCACAGGGGAAACAGUGCUGGACAGGAAGUCGAGCACAGAAACAAAAUAAAAUAUCCGGGUUAAUUUUCAAAAUAAAAUACACCGUGCUCACGGCCAUAGGCGCCGAUUUAUAUUUUCCUCAGUGGGUGCUCACGGGCGCACGCCCUUUAAAAAAUGUUUGCAAUGUUGCAUUUUAAACCUUAGGAACUGGACAGCGGCCUAUUGGCUCGAUAAUAAAUCUUUCACCUCAGGACAACGCCACUGGAGAUGAACACGUAACCGCGAUCAGCUUCGUGGGAAAUUAAGAAUCAGUUCCACCUGUCUAGUAGCCUCUAGGCACACGAUGGCUGACGCUCCACUUAGCACCAAAUGCAAUGUUUAAUUUUAAAUGAAUGCAGCCUACUGGCAGCACUGGGUGCUCAGUAUCGGCGCCUAUGCUCACAGCAAAUCAUAUUUCCCUGCACUACACCUUAAACACGUCAUAAUGGGAAGAGACAGGCCUGAAGUCGGAAGUCGGUUUGGUCGUUCAAUAGAGCUUUUUCCCAGCAGACAUGUUGACAUGUCAGAGUAGGAACAGCCCAGGUGUGUUCAGACCAUUAAUGAUGGCCGUGUCCCCCUAGGAGAGGUCCUGGUGUUGUUCAUGCUGACUCACUGAAAUCUCUCACUGGGACACUAGAUGGAACUGAGCCAUCGUUAAGGUGAUCAGUCUCAGCUGGGCUCUUCCUACUAUGACAAGUCAACAUG